GCCAUGGAGGCCUUAGUAGUCCUUGUCCUUCUUGUGCAAACCCUCAUCCAGUACCCACAGAUGGUGGGGGAUGGGCUGGAUGAGGCCACCCGUUUGCGCCUGGAGAUGCGUGAGAAGUAUCUGAACCAGGAAAUGACUCGGCUGCUGCAGGAGCUGGAGCAGAGCAGCUUGGAGCACAGUGUCAGGGCCUGGGGAGCCCUGCUCUGGGCCACCUUGGGGCAGUGGCACUUCUGGGCUCUUGUUGGAGUCCUGGGCCUUCUCUUGGCACUGUGCUUUAGCCUCAGGAAAAGGAGCCGUGAGCCACACAGCAGUGCACCCCAGGAGAAUGCCAGCAGCAACGUGGAGGCACAGGAGGAUGAAGAAAAAGAUAAGGUGGUGGCAAAGAAAGGAGGAAAAAGUGAUGAUGUAAAUGUAGAGGAAGACAAUGAUGUUAAAAAGGAAGGAAAUGAUGAGACUGAGGAUGAAAAUGAAGACCAAGUCAAUGGGAGUGCAAAUGUGGAGGGAAGCAAUGCUGCUGGAAGAGAAGCAAGGCAAGAUGGUGCAAAUGGAGACCGAGAGCAAGAUCCUGAAAGUAAGUUUGGCAGGUUUAUAGAGGAGUGCAUACGCUGGCCUGUUCUGGACAGAGGUUGCAUGAUAAGGGACCUGAUAGAUGAUUUGACUCGUGCCUUUGGAUGCCUCUUGUCAAGUCGUUUCUACCCAGUGCCACAGCAAGCCAUCGGCAUGGACAGUGCCUUUGAAGGUUGGAGUCCCUGCCAGGAGGAUCUUGUGUACCGUGUCCUUGUACCCCUCAAUCCUCCCCCGGGGCACACCUUCCAGCUGGAGCUGAUCACUGCCGCAGGGAUGCCAGCAAAGAAAUUCUGCAUCCGUGUGGAGCAGGUCCCCAUCCCUGAGGAAGAGUUGAGGAGGAAUGAGCAGCUCAGCCUCCUCUCCAACCUCUGUACUCGUUCCUACCUAGACGUGGAGAAAACUACCCUAUGGUUCCGUCUGUUGUUGAGAACGAGUUGGUUGCGUUUGCCUCAGUCCAACCAUUGGCAUUUAAGGUUGCUGCCCUCCAGCCGCUCCUGUAAAUUCCGGCUGACCAAAGGCGGAGAAAGCUUCCGUGUUGAGGUGCUGUUUGGGGUGCAGCAAGGAAACUCAGACAUCUAUGUGAGCAGCCAGUCUGGAGAGGCCCUCUUCACCCCAAGCACAGUGUGGUCUGAGACCUGCGCCGUGGCAGAGAUGAAGUUCUUCAGCCACAUUGCCCGGCAGGCUCCACAUGACAGCUGCCACCUCAGAUGCCUGCAGCUCUUGGCCCGUACCGUGGUGGACACAGCCUUUUCCAGUUAUACCCUCAAGACCAUCAUGAUGCACCUCCUCAACACCAUCCCCAUGGCACAGUGGUGCAGGAGGGAUUGCCGCCAGCGCCUGCUGGAUAGCUUGGAUUACCUGCGCUGCUGCCUGCAGAAGAAACGCCUGGACAGCUUUGUCAUAGGCAACCAGAGCAUCCCACUGGAGAUCGACUUGCCUCCACACUUCCAAACGCUUCAGCCAGCCAACCUUUUCUGGCACCUGGCACAGGAUCCAGAUGCCCACAGAGAGGCCUGGCAAGACUUCUUUUUCCUCCGCUAUCGCCUCAAACAACUGCUCGUGGCCAUUGACGGACAAGCCAGCUCUGCUCCAGGGACUCCCAUCGGAUGAAUGAAGAGCACAGAUUAGCAGUAGUUAAUAUCAAAGUAGUUAAUUGUAGU